AUGAUCAAAGCCUUGGUGCUUCCGUUGAGCUUAUUGAUUUGUGUAGCCGCGGAGAGUGGUCCCAACCAUCCGGCAAAGACUGUAAAGGAAGCGUCAUGGCCAGACGUUGCUGUAACAGCUUGCGGUCGUGGUCUAAGUAGCUUCAGCUGGGGUUUUAACACAAGUUCCAAGGGCUAUCCCGCCUUAUGCAGUUACGAGCCGGCAUUUGAAAGUAUGGCUUACUGCGCGAACAAUUUUCUAGCUAACAAGGGUUUAUCAAAAGACUUUCUUCUAAUUAUUGAAAGCUUCAAUACACUAUGCUCUUAUUAUGUGGAUGUGCCCCCAAGCUUUACAGAUGAAACAUUAUGGUCUGCAUUGGAAAACGGUACUUCUCACAUUCAGACAAGUUUUAAUGUUUCCGCCAUCAACUACGCGCCUGUUGCUGCUAACGCCACAUAUGUCAACAACUAUGCCACUGCUUACUACGCCUUCUUGAACAAUAUUGACAAAAGUAAUAUGUACGGAGCAGCUAUUUGCCUUUACUUUCUUGGCAUUUUUGUCUUGGCGGCUGCGAUAAAUUUUUUAAGGAUUAACGGAUUUCAUAAACCACUCCUAAAGAAAGGCUUCGUUAAUUACUUCAGAUCACACAUUACCAUUCCAGCAGUUUACCACAGGCAUGCUCAAGAAUUUAGUUAUUUCAAAGUUAUAACUGGGUUGAUACCAACCAGGUUAGAGGCGAUACUUGUCGUUGGCUAUGUCAUCCUCCACACUGUGUUGAUUGCAGUGGAUUAUGGGUUCGACUCACCCAAUCUACUUUUUUCGCCCAAAAAAGCUCAAAUUGCUAGGUUUGUCGCUGACCGUACUGGUAUUAUGGCAUUCGCACAUUUUCCGCUAAUUGUGCUCUUUGCUACCAGAAACAACUUUUUUCAGUGGAUUACCGGGUUGCAUUAUACUACUUUCAUAGUGUUCCACAAAUGGGUUUCCCGUAUGAUGUUUCUCGACGCUGUGAUACACGGCGCUGCUUAUACACACUACACUAUUAUUUAUAAGACGUGGAAGGAGUCCCGCGAAGAGAUCUAUUGGGAAUUUGGGGUUGCAGCAAUUAUUUUUGCAGGGCUAAUGAUACUCUACGCGUUCUAUUUUUUCAGAAAGAACUAUUACGAGGCCUUCUUGUACACCCAUAUUCUGUUUGGUGCUCUAUUUUUCUACAGUUGCUGGGAGCACGUCUGCCAACUAGGGUGGACCGAAUGGUUAUAUGCUGCGAUUGCGCUGUGGACUGUCGACAGAAUUGUGAGAGUUUUAAGAAUAGUUGCUUUUGGAUUCCCGGAAGCUACUUUCCGCCUCCUCGAGGAUGAUUUAGUGAGAUUGAGUAUUCCAAAAGUGAGUAAAAUAUGGCGGGCAAAACCAGGCCAGUAUGCGUUUAUUUAUUUUUGGCACCCACGAUACUUUUGGCAAUCGCACCCAUUCACUGUCAUGGACUCCAUUUUGAAUGAGAACGAGGUAAUUAUAGUCUUUAAACCAAAAGAGGGCUUGACUAGGUAUUUGAAGAAUCAAGUCAAAAAGUCAGGCGGUACGAUGAAAAUGCGUGUGUCGUUGGAGGGACCUUAUGGGUGUGGUUCAUCUUUGCAACAUUAUGAUAACGUAUUGUUAUUGGUUGGUGGUGCUGGUCUCCCAGGGCCGCUGUGUCAUGCCGUAAAACUUGCAGGGAAGUACAGUGAGCAAGGCAAGAAAAUAAAUUUGGUGCUUUCAAUGAGAGGCCCCUCUGUGUUAAAUGCAUUCAGCCCGGAGUUCGAAAAGCUCGCGGAAUUUGGAGUGAACGUCGAGCUUUACGAUACUAGUUUAUCUAGUUUGGAUGCACCUUGUCGAGAUCAGGCUUCUGAUGCUGUGGAGUCAGAUAAAGAGGAGGAAAAGGUCCAGACAAACCAAGUUUCAUCUCCUUGUGGCAACAUCGAGUUUACGGCAGUAGCUGGUAGACCGCCAUUGGAUGUCAUUUUAGAGAGAGCGGUGAAUGGAUCUUCAAGUCUGGCAGUUUUCUGCUGCGGACCUUCAUCACUAGUGGACACUGCUAGAAACCUCACUGCAUGCUAUGUUCGAAAGUAUCCGACAAAACCGAUCGAAUAUUUUGAGGAUUACCAGAGCUGGUAG